GGCAUUGCCCUUACACAAGCAGUCUUACGGGCGCUCAAAAAUUAUAGCGUUGCCGCUCAGUAUGCUCGUGGUAAAAAAUUAUUGACGCGCCUACUUGGCUUCGGGAGCUGUUUUGCACAAUUUUACGCAGCGAUAUGUUCACUCAAGGUCGCCAUGGAAGAAGAACAGCUAGAUUGUGACUCAGUUGUCUACCAGUGCGGCGCUUGCGACGAGCAGUUUUCCUCUCUGGAAGAGAUAGAGCAACACCACAGUGCAGAUGGAGGAAACAUGUGUCCAUUCAUGGUGGCAGCUGUUAUGCAGCCUCAGGUUGAUGGCAGUAAGGCCGAAGUUGUGGUUGUCUCGGGAGACGUGAUAGUUCCGGAUGAAGUCACUCUUGCCGAAGAUGUUGAUGAUCCCGAGUCUAUAGUAGUCGAAGCGCUUCCGGCAACCAGUCACGGGCACACCUGCGCCGUAUGCGGGUGCAGCUUCAGCUCAAAGUUCCUCUUGGCAGCUCAUGAGCAGUCGCACCAAACGAAUGAGCAGAAAGUCCAUGCCUGCGAGCUGUGUAAGCAGAAAUUCAGUGACUCGAACGAGUAUGUCACCCACCUUGUGUCGAGCCACACCAAGAAGGACCACUGCUGCACCAUCUGCUACAAGUGGUACACAUCGCGCAGCAACCUGAAAACCCACAUGAUGAUUCACGCUGGACGUAAGCCGCACCAGUGCGAUAUCUGUGGCCGCCAAUUCACCGUGUCGAGCAACCUGAAGGCUCACCGGCGCAUCCACACUGGCGAACGCAAGUACGUCUGCCAAGUGUGCAACAAAGGAUUCAUCACCUCUACACACCUCAAGACGCACAUGGCAGUGCACACCGGCGAAAAGCCAUACCAGUGUGAGAUCUGCUUUCGCGAAUUUGCUGUCAACAGCAACAUGCGUGCCCACAUGCUGACACACACUGGCGAGAAGCGGCAUGAGUGCCAGAUUUGUGGGAAGCAGUUUGCCACCUCGAGCCAUGUAAAGACGCACUUGCUGUCCCACACAGGCCAGCGGGAUCACAAGUGCCCGACGUGCAACAAGAGCUUCACGGUGGCCUCCAACCUCAAGGCACACAUGAAGAUCCACUUGGGCCAGCGGGACCACGCGUGUGACCUCUGCCACAAGCGCUUCUACACUAACAGUGACCUCCGGUCGCACAAGAUGAUCCACACAGGCGAAAAGCCAUAUCAGUGCGACGUCUGCAACGAACGCUUCACCAAGAUGUCUAACCUCAACUCUCACCGCACAACGCAUACGGGUGAACGGCCCUACCAGUGCGAAGUCUGCCUCAAACGUUUCCGAAAGUCCGUCAACUUGCGAACACACGUGCAGACGCACCAGUCGGACCGGGCUUACCCAUGCACACAGUGCGAUGAGGCAUUCCCGAACAUCACACGACUCAGGGCGCACACGAAAAAAUGCCACCAGGAAAUCUUUAGCUGCGACACAUGCAGCCGCAGGUUUUUGUCGCGUGCGGCAUUGGGGGCGCACCAAAGGAUUCACUCGGACGCAUACGCUUUCUUCUGCAUUAUGUGCGAGCGGUCAUUCGCCAAAGAGCAGCAUCUGGUGAAACACAUGGAGGCACACGCAACAAAGAAAAAUGAAUGUCCCACCUGCAACCUGCGGUGCACUUCGACGAAUCAGCUUGAGAUUCACAUGCGGACGCACACGGGCGAACGGCCGUACGCCUGCAGCUUGUGUCCGCGCCGCUUUGCAAAGCAGGUCAACCUCAAACGCCACAUGCAGAUCCACACGAAAGUCAAGUUUGAGUGUCAAGUCUGCCUAAAAAACUACAUUUCGGACAAAACGCUGCAGUCGCACUAUCAGAACUGUCACCCCGACUUUCAUGCCGAAGCAGAUUGCACAGAUGCCACAAAUGAAAUCCAUAUUGUUGUCAACCGGGAUCCUAGUGAGGACUUCAUUGUGGAGUACGAAGGUGAAGUGGAAAGUUUAGAAGAGGAUAGCGAAGAGGCAGGCAAGAGUGAGGCUGAAACUGAAACACAGCAGCUUGUGAUGCAAGCAGAAGUGCAAGAGAAUACAGCUGUUGAGGCAGUGUAACUGGCAAUGUAUAGAGCCUCCUAGAAAACACAGGAGUCUUUACAAAAAUAACCAAAGGUUUCUUGUGGACUUCAUUCUGGGAAAUGUUAAACUAAAUGUUGAAAAAAUUGAAUAAUAAAUGGCUACAACUGUGGCUAUUUCACAGGUUAA